UGCGGCGAGGAGGGAGGAGGAAGAGGAGGAGGGGUGUCGGGGAUGGACGGGGCGCCGGUGGCGGAGUUCCGGCCGACGUUGACCCACGGCGGGCGGUACCUGCUCUACGACAUCUUCGGCAACCAGUUCGAGAUCACGAACAAGUACCAGCCGCCGAUUAUGCCUAUCGGCCGCGGCGCUUACGGGAUCGUCUGCUCGGUGAUGAACGUUGAGACGAGGGAGAUGGUGGCGAUAAAGAAGAUCGCCAACGCUUUCAACAACGACAUGGACGCCAAGCGCACGCUCCGGGAGAUCAAGCUCCUCAGGCACCUCGAUCACGAGAACAUCGUAGGCAUCAGGGAUGUGAUCCCGCCGCCGAUCCCGCAUGCGUUCAACGAUGUCUACAUCGCCACGGAGCUCAUGGAUACUGACCUCCACCACAUCAUCCGUUCCAGCCAAGAACUGUCAGAGGAGCACUGCCAGUACUUCCUGUACCAGAUCCUGAGGGGGCUCAAGUUCAUCCACUCGGCGAACGUGAUCCAUCGGGACCUGAAGCCGAGCAACCUGCUGCUGAACUCCAACUGCGACCUCAAGAUCUGCGACUUCGGGCUGGCGCGGCCGUCGUCGGAGAGCGACAUGAUGACGGAGUACGUGGUCACCCGGUGGUACCGCGCGCCGGAGCUGCUGCUCAACUCCACGGACUACUCCGCAGCCAUCGACGUCUGGUCCGUCGGCUGCAUCUUCAUGGAGCUCAUCAACCGCCAGCCCCUCUUCCCCGGCAGGGACCACAUGCAUCAGAUGCGCCUCAUCACCGAGGUGAUCGGGACGCCGACGGACGAGGAGCUGGGGUUCAUCCGGAACGAGGACGCGAGGAAGUACAUGCGGCACCUGCCGCAGUACCCACACCGGACGUUCGCGAGCAUGUUCCCGCAGGUGCAGCCCGCGGCGCUCGACCUCAUCGAGAGGAUGCUCACCUUCAACCCGCUGCAGAGAAUCACAGUUGAAGAGGCACUGGAGCAUCCUUACCUAGAGAGAUUGCAUGAUAUCGCUGAUGAGCCCAUCUGCCUGGAGCCCUUCUCCUUCGACUUCGAGCAGAAAGCUCUAAACGAGGACCAGAUGAAGCAGCUGAUAUUCAACGAAGCGAUCGAGAUGAACCCAAACUUCCGGUACUAGAUUGAAUCACCGUGCCGUCUAUACCUGCUGCUUGUACAUAUGAUCAAGAUCGAGAGCCGGGUAGACCGAACAUUGCAUUUGUUUGUUUGUUGAUGUUCGAAACCCACAUUCUCUGCAAGUUGUGAACGCUCUGUGUUAUGUAUUCCUAUGUUCGAAUAAAAGGGUUUGGAACUUUUGAAUUAU